AUGUCAGUUGCCUCUUGUUCCAAAAGUAGAAGAAUGGAUAAUGUAAAUAAUAAAGAAGAGAGAAUAUAUGAGAAAUGGGAACGUUUACACAAUUGGCUACAUUGUAUAUGCAUUGUUACAUUUGAUCUUGAAUUGGGUCAAGCUAUAGAGGCUAUAUAUCCUGGUCAUAUCACGUUAUCUGAACAAGAGAAAUCUAAUGUCUGUUAUCUGGCUUUUCCUGAUUCUAACUCUGGCUGCAUGGGAGAUACUCAGUAUCAUGUCAGGAUAAGACAGAAUGGAGCUACAGUUCAAGAGACUAAAGCUUUAAAAGAGUACGACAGGAGGUCACCUCCAUUUUUACAAUGCGAUAAAGACUAUUACUGGGGAUAUGUGUACUUCCGUCAAGUAAAAGACAAGUCCCUUCCAAGAGGAUAUUUCCAAACGCCCAUAAACAUUUUAGACAGGAGUAUUAAGAAAUCGAAGUCAGUUUUAAUCAUUCCUAAUGUUAAUAAAUCUCAAUAUUUAGUUUCAAAAAAUUUGACGAAUUUUUCGUAUGAUAGAGAAAAGCUCAAAAAGAGUUAUUUGUUUUUGUUACUGGGUGUACCAAUUUGUCUCACUUUUGGUCUCAUACAUUGGAAAGGACCAGACAAAAGUUGUUUCUUUUCGGUAAAGGCAGUUGAGCUGGCCAGUGAGGAGGUAAGCAAUGGGUAUCGGGAAACGAAUUUAACACAAGAACAAGAUGAUCAAAAGAAAAAGAAGAAAAAACCGAAAAUAGGUUUUCGUGAUCGAAAGAUUAUAGAAUACGAAAAUCGUUUAAGAGCGUAUUCGACUCCUGACAAAAUCUUUCGUUACUUUGCGACUGUAAAAGUAUCGAGCUUAGACGGUACCGAAGUAUACAUGACUCCUGAUGACUUUUUAAGAGCAAUUACUCCCGGCAUGAGGCAACCAGAUGGUCUUGGUUUGGAUAAAUAUAAACGCUAUGAUCCAAAGAACAUUCAUAACAAGCUAGAAUUGGCUCUGGAUGAGGACAGUAUCUUCUAUAAACUUGGAAGCGCUGGUUUAAUCACUUUUUCUGAUUAUAUAUUUCUUCUCACCGUGUUAUCCACAUCAAGGAGACAUUUUGAGAUUGCCUUCAGAAUGUUCGAUUUUAACGGUGAUGGAGAUGUGGACUCUGAAGAAUUUGGAAAAGUCGCUACAUUAAUUCGACAGCAAACUAGUAUUGGUAAUCGACAUCGUGACCAUAUUGCUACUGGUAACAUGUUCAAGGGUGUUAAUUCUGCCUUGACUACGUACUUCUUUGGAUCACACAUGAAAGGCAAAUUAACUAUUGAGAAGUUCCUUGAGUUUCAACAGCAACUGCAGAAAGAAAUACUCAGUUUGGAGUUUGAGAGAAGAAAUCCCGAUGAAGAUGGUAAAAUUACGGAAGUGGAUUUCACGGAGUUAUUGUUAGCAUACGCUGGAUAUCCUGACAAGAAGAAAGAAAAAAUUCUAAAAACCAUUAAAAAACGUUUCAAACAAAAACCAGAAGGAAUAAGCAAAGAUGAAUAUUUGAAAUUCUUUCAUUUCUUAAACAAUAUUAACGACGUGGACACUGCAUUAACAUUUUAUCACAUUGCCGGAGCAUCGAUUGAUCAAGCUACACUGAAGCAUGUGGCGAAGACUGUAGCGCAUGUAGAAUUAAGUGACCACGUAAUACAAGUUGUCUACACAAUUUUUGAUGAGAACAUGGAUGGACAACUAAGUAACAAAGAAUUUGUCGCUGUUAUGAAGAAUAGAGUACUGAGGGGCCUAGAAAAACCAAAAGAUACUGGUUUUGUUAAACUGAUUGAAUCAAUGGUAAAAUGCGUAAAAAUCAGUUACAUGUCAUUCGACAAUUAA